CAAAAUUCAUUUGCAUAUUUUUACGAUAACCUAACAGAUCUUUCAUCAUCAACUUCUGAAAAAAAAAAUUAAGAAAAUUUAAUUCAUAGUAGUAGAUGGUAGGUGGGAGUUAUAGUAUUAUUAAUUUCGACAAUCAUCAUUACACAUGAAUUCCAUUUUAAGAACAAUAACAACAACGUUAAUACCAAGAACAAUCCCUGUCUCCAAAUUCAUGGAUUCUUCUCCCAACGCCACCAUUGGAGGAUCUCAGAGGCUUCUAGCUUUGGCACAACACCUUCGCCUCUACAAGCCACCACCUUUCCCUGAAGAUAUCUUCGAACAGAGCAUUGAAGAUAGUGGUAGCGGCAAAGUUGUAUCUCAAUUGGGUUUUCCUGAAUCAGCCACCACAAUUCAACACCCGGAGAAAUUCAAACCUAAGAAAGCUGCGGUUUUGAUUUGUCUCUUUGAAGGUGAUCAUGGGGAUCUAAGGGUUAUUCUCACUAAGCGGUCUUCUAAGCUUUCUUCUCAUUCGGGUGAAGUGUCUUUGCCAGGCGGGAAGGCUGAUGAAGGGGAUAAGGAUGACGCGGAUACUGCGAAAAGAGAGGCAAAUGAGGAAAUUGGGUUGGAUCCUGAACUUGUCAAUGUUGUUACUGUUCUUGAACCAUUCUUGUCUAAGCACCUUCUAAGAGUAGUUCCUGUCAUCGGCAUACUUCAUGAUAAAAAAGCGUUCAGACCUGUUCUGAAUCCUGCAGAAGUGGAAUCAGUAUUUGACGCGCCUUUAGAAAUGUUUCUCAAGGAUGAAAAUCGGAGUCAGGAGGAGAGAGAGUGGAUGGGAGAGAAGUAUUUGAUACAUUUUUUUGACUACGACGACAUUGAGCAGAAAAAAUAUCUGAUAUGGGGAUUGACCGCCGGGAUUUUGAUUAGGGCUGCAUCAGUUGUGUACCAACGGCCACCUGUUUUCAUUGAGCAGAAUCCGAAAUUCAAGCUUCCACAGGUUGUAAGCAAGGACAGUUCAAUGACUUGAGUUCAAUAACCAUUUGUAUCAUAUGUUUUUUUCUUCAUCCUGCAAGAAUAUAUAUUUGUCACAAAUAUAAUUUAUAUUUCCUGGUAGAAAGGAAGAGGAUACUCUCCAUCACUUGGAACU